CUUUUAUUGUGCAGGCUUAUGUCACUUUCACGUUCAUAAGAUGGCAGUCACUGACCUCUCACCAACAUGGGCUUUGCCUGCACAGGCCUCUGCUUAUUUCUAUAUGAGAAAUACAGAAAAGGAAAAGAUGACUGAUAGAUUUCCAACAAUCUGGUUACAAGAACCAGUGACCUUCAGAGAUGUGGCUGUGGACUUCACCCAGGAAGAGUGGGUGAUGUUGGACUCUGCUCAAAGAAGUCUGUACCAAGAUGUGAUGUUGGAAAACUACAGAAAUCUCACCUCAGUGGAGUAUCAAUUAUGCAAGCUUACUGUGAUGUCCUCAUUGGAUCAAGAAGACUUAAGAACUAUGAAAAAGAAAAUCGCCCAAGGCAUCUUUCCAGACCAAAAGAUUCUACUUACAACCAAAGAAUUAAUUCCUAUGCAGAAUAUUUUGAGUAGGAAACCAUCCAAUGCAGUGAAAAUGAUAAAAUUCACAAUGGAUAAUUUGUUCUCCACAUUAAGAGAAGACAAGCAGUGGAAUAAGAUCAGAACACAGCUCAAGAUUCCAGAGGGAGGUUUGAAGCAAGUGACAUACACCCAGAAAAACACAAUGUCUCAAGAAAGAUUGUAUGACUACCACAAAUUAGAGGAAAACUCUAAAUUGAGGUCAAAACUUAUUUUUUCACAGAGAGUUUCCACCAAUAAACAUUGCCAAAAAUGUUACUCAGAGAUCCAAAGUUUGAAACAUAAUUUAAACGAUUUUGAGAAAAACUCUGUAAGUGAGAAGCUCUGUGAAAAUCAUGAAUAUGACCAAACUCUGUGGCAUCUUGAGAGAACUCAGCAGGCACAGAAAAAAUGCCUGUGCUCCAAAGAUGAUACAUGCUUCAAGCAAAAUAUGUUUCCUAUACACAACAGUUUUCAUGUGGCAGAGAAUUCCUAUGAAUGUAGUAAGAACAACAAAACAUUUUGUCAUCAUUUAUCCCUUAAGCAACAUGAGCCAGCUCAUACUGGAGAGAAACAUUAUGAAUAUAACCAAUGUGGAAAAGCCUUCAAAAGGAUUUCUAAUCUUAUUGUACAUAGGAAAAGUCAUGUGGAUGAGAAACAAUAUGAAUGUAAAGAAUGUGGGAAAGUGUUCACUGAUUCUUCGACCUUAAGGAGACAUGUAAGAACUCACACUGGAGAGAAACCCUAUGAAUGUAAUCAGUGUGGAAAAGCGUUCAGUCAGAAAACAUCCCUUAAGGCUCAUGUGAGAACUCAUACUGGAGAGAAACCUUAUGAAUGCGGUCAGUGUGGAAAAUCCUUUGGCACAAGCUCUUACCUUAUAGUGCACAAGAGAAUACACACUGGAGAAAGACUCUAUGAAUGUAGUGACUGUGGGAAAGCCUUCAACACCAGCUCUCACCUUAAGGUUCACAAAAAAAUACACACUGGAGAGAAUCUUUAUGAAUGCAGUGACUGUGGGAAAGUUUUUAGUGGUCUCUCAUCCCUUAGAAUGCAUGUCAGAACUCAUACUGGAGAAAAACCCUAUGAAUGUGAAGAAUGUAGAAAAACCUUCAGUGUUUCCUCUUCCCUAAGGAGACAUGUGAGAAUUCACACUGGAGAAAAACCCUAUAAAUGUAUUCAAUGUGGAAAAGCUUUCAGUCAGAAUUCUUCACUUAUUAUACACGAGAGAAUUCAUACUAGGAAAGAAACCCUGUAAGGUUAUCAAUGUGGAAUUGACUUUUUCAUUGUCUUAAGGUGGA